CCUGCUUUGUGGAGUUCUCUCAACCACUUUUGCAAACUUCUAAUAUAAGAAGAAAUGGAAAAUUCUCCUCCUAACAGUGAUGUGUAUACUGAAGAGAGAGAUUAAACAAAGGUAUUUCAUAAGGUGUGGAACUGAGAAAAACAAGACAAAGUGACUUACCUAUAGGCACAGAACUAAUCCCCCUGUGAACUACUGAAGACGAGAUUUCCUGGACAGACUUAAGGAUACCCUGUUUUCUGAUGGUAUUUUAUUUACUCGCCUAAUAUCUGACAUCAGCACAAUAUAGUUAAAACUACAAAAGUUCUUUAAGGUGCUGAGCUGUGUCUAAGAGUAUUGUAGAAGAUGAUACUGCUCAAUUGUUCUACCAAACUGCAGAUGCUAGAGCAAAUGCUAAAGAGUAACUUUCCUGAAUCUCUCAAGGUUUAUGGAGCAGUCAUGAACAUGAAUCGUGGAAAUCCCUUUCAGAAGGAAGUGGUGGUGGAUUCUUGGCCAGACUUCAAAACUGUCAUUACUCGGAGGAAGAAAGAGGCUAUGACAGAUGAUCUGGACAUUUAUACAAAUGCCUAUGCAGUCUUCUAUAAAGAUUCCAGGGCUUAUCGUAAGCUUCUAGAGGAGCCUGAUGUUAUCAACUGGGAGCAAGUAUUUCAGAUACAAGGACUCCAAGAUGAAUUAUAUGCAAUUUCCAAAGCUGUUGCAAACUCUAAACAGUUGGAUGUAAAUGUGACCUCCUUUAGGGCUGUUGAGUUUCCUCCAUUCCCUAUGCCAGACGCCAAAUCCCGUGUGAUGUCUUCUCCUCAGCUGUCUUACCUGAGUGUUGCUGAGGCUGAUCUCCUAAACAGGACUUGGUCCCGGGGUGGAAAUGAACAGUGCCACCGGUACCUUGCCAACCUCAUCUACUGCUUUCCUAGUGUGUGUGUCCGAGAUGAAAAUGGUAAACCAGUUUCCUGGGGUCUCACAGACCAGUUUGCCACAAUGAUUCAUGGUUACACCUUGCCUGAGCACCGAAGGAAGGGCUAUAGUCGACUGGUAGCUGUGACAUUGGCUAGAAAGCUCCAGAGCCGGGGAUUCCCAAGUCAAGGCAAUGUCCUAGAUGAUAACAUAGCAUCAAUAACUCUUCUCAAAAACCUUAAUGCUUCAUUUUUGCCUUGUCGCUUUCAUAGACUUAUCCUCACUCCUAGAAAUUUCUCUGCGUAGGCAUACCCAUAGCUUACUGUAACCCUGUAAUUUCAGGAUUGACACUCUUUUUUUACUUUCUCUGUCAACCCAAUACUUCCUUAUGUGUCAGAGAAUAAGGAAUUGAAAUGGAGCUUUGAGAAUCCCAAUAUUAUUAUGGAAGAGAUGUGAUAAAUCAGAUUGGAAAGAACAUGAUUUUAUUCUCUCAAGGUUCCCUUGAAAGUUACUACAGAGGCAGUGAGAUGUCUCAGUGGAUAGAAUGCCAGAGUGGGCAAGUCACUUAAUCUCCAAUACCUGACCCUUACCAUUCUUCUGCCUUGAAACUGAUAUUUAGUAUUGAUUCUAAGAAAGAAGGUAAAGGUUAAAAAAAGGAAGUUACUAAAGGAUCAGGGAUUACCAAAAAUAACUAUUUCUGUCAUACUUUGAUACUCAUCUCAGAUAAUUCCAUGUUCCACAGUUUCAUGGAUGGAUUAACGUGAAAGCCAGCAGCCUUUACUCAGCAUAUAUGACAGAAGCUAGUAUCUUAAGAUAUAAGACUUGUCACACAACUAUUUCACUAUAGCUCAAUUCUCUAGUCCAGGCUACUGACUCAGCUCUAUAAAACCCCAUGAUCCUAUGUUAAUUUCUAUUAUUUUCUGUUCCCAUUACUUUUGACUCAGGAUCUCUAUGUAUUAGCCCUUUACUUUCCUUUUCCCUUUAUCUUAUUAAGACUCACUCCUGUGUUUCCAGAAGCUAGGUGAUCUCACUAAAUAGAAUGUUGGAUCUGGAAAAAGGGAGAUCCAAAUUAAGAUUUAUCCUCAGAUACAGUUGUGUAACUCUUGGCAAGUCAAUUAAUUUCUGCCUGCCUCAGUUUCCUCAAGUAUAAAAUAGGGAUAAUAAUACCUGCCUCAUAGGGUAUUGUGAAGAUCAAAUGAGAUAUUUGUUAAUCACUUAGCAAAGAGCCUAGCAUAUAGAAGGCACUUAAUAAGUGCUAUUCUUCUUCUCUCCCUUCCCUUAGGUAUUCCCUAUCCCUUACAUAAUCCCCAACCUUUGGGUAACAAGAGAAUGGUGCAAGGUAUUUAAAUACUAUGCAGUGGAUGUUGCUGUUAUGGUAUAUAAACUAUUGGUAUGCACCUCAUGACUUCUCUCCCUCCUUCCACCCAGCUUCCCCCACUCUCCGCUAGGCAAAUCCAAAGGUAGAAAGCUAUCCGGUCUAAGGCAAUGUUUGUAGCUGUCCUUGGUCCUAGAUAUAAGGACUUGAAACCUUUAGAUUAUAGGGAGAAGUAUGGCAGAAUAAAGUAUCUGAGAACCACUGGUUCUAAAUCUCUAUGAAUUUUUAUUUUUUAAACAGUAAAUAAUAAUAUAAAAAAUAAAUUAAAAAAUAACAAAAUAAAAAAUAAUUUAAACAAAAACCCUUUCUCAGGGACAGCUGGAGGCUCAGUGGAUUGAGAGCCAGGACUAGAGAUAGGAGAUACUAGGCUCAAAUCUGACCUCAGACUCUUCCUAGCUGUGUGACCCUGGGCAAGUCACUUAAUCCCCAUUGCCUAGCUUUUACCAUUCUUCUGCCUUAGAACCAAUACACGGUGUUGAUUCCAAGACAGAAGGUAAGGGUUUAAAAAAUAAUAAAUAAAAAUAUCUUUCUCAGAUUUAAAUCUGACAAAAAUAAAUCAAUUUCCACAGGAUGGUCAAGCUACUAAGUAGGAACUAUAGCUUUGAUUGCACAUUUUACCCUUGAAUAGGGAUCAGGGAAUGAAUUUAAUACUUUUAAGAAGGAGAAAUGAAAUUUAAAAUAUAUAUAAUGAGUUUGAUAGGGAGACUAUUGAAAGCCACUAUGAUUUAACAGCAGUAGUUCUGCUAGUAUCUCUGACAUCAUAAGGUUUUUAGCCUACAACCUAGUUUAAAUCAAAGUUGUAUUUAAAUAAAAUAGGAUAUGGAUUCAAAUGAGAAAACUAAGGUCCAGAAAAAUUAGGUGACUUGCCCAAGAUUCACAUAGGUAGUAAAGUAAUAGAGUCGAAAUUGAAAAGAGCUUUGACUUUAGAGUCAUAGAGCUUCAGGUAAAGUUUAUCCUCUGAUACUUACUGCCUGUGGACCUGGGUCAAGUCAUGUAAACUUCUUGGACCUCAGUUUUCUCAUUGGUAAAAUUAAAGUGUUGAACUAGAUGACUUUUGGGAACCCUUCCUACUCUGGAAUAAUAAUAUUAAGAACUCAAACUUUAUGACUCCCAAUCUAGCCCUAUUACACUAAGCCAAACUGCUUUCCUUACAGACAAAUAUUUGAGAGUUUGUAUAUGAAGUACACCCUAUUAAGAAAUAUAUACUAUGUAUAUCUGGAGCAUAAUAGUCCCCAUUUCUUAAAAUAGCAUAUUCAUAAAGGCAACCUCUAUAUAAUUUAAGGGAUAGGAAAUAUUUGUGACUACACUGAUAUAUAUAAACUCAUGGAUAAAGAAACUCCCUCUGGUUAUGCAAGUCAAUACCUUCUUUUAAAUGCAAGUCUUAAAUAUCCCUGGAGCCCUAAAAGGUGACAGUUUACCCCAUAUCCCAUAGUGUAUUCAGGAAAAGAUGUUCAUAGUCAGUAUGUUUCAGAGGUUGAACUUGAACCCAAGUUUUCCUAGUUUUAAUGUCACCUUUCUGUUCACUGCAUUAUUCUGCCUUUCAUAUAAUUUUGCUGUUGUUGUUUAGUCAUUUCACUUGUGAACAACUCUACAUGACCCUAUUUGGGGUUUAUUUGGCAGAGAUACUAGAGUGGUUUGCCAUUUCCUUCUCCAGCUCAUUUCCCAGAUGAAGAACUGAGGCAAAUGGGGUUAAGUGACUUGCUUAGAGUCAAACAGAAGUUAGUGUCUGAGGUCAGAUUUGAAUUCUGGAAGAUAAGUCUUCUGGCUCCAGGUCUAGCACUCUAUUUAUAGCAUCACCUAGCUGGCCCCACAUAUACUUUUAGAAGUCGUUGAAUUUUAAAAAUUACACUGUGAAGUCACCUUAAAAAUAAACCCCCUUAAAUUACCAAUAGUAAAUGGACCCAGAAAGUUUGAAUGAAUUACUCAAAAUCAAAUAACUUAUUUAUGGCAUUAAAGGCACUAGAACUAGCCCUUCUCGCUCUCAGAAUUGGAUUCUUUAACUUUUUUCUCCUUCUUGCUAUUUUUGUCUUACUGGAUUUCUGAAUGUUUAUCUAUGUUUACCUCAAAAGAGAUGCACCUAUAAGGGUACCUUACACAGAAUAAAUUCUUGAUAAAUAUUUCUUAAAUUUAGCAAUAAAGCUACAAAUUCACAUUCUGUUUGGGUAAAUUCAUUUCUCAUUUAAAGUGGCCACAGAUAAAAUUACUAUAGAUAUAUAAACAGACUGACUCGACUAUAAAGAUGAAUACAUGGGGCCUCAUAUUAGCUUGUAGAAGUGCCAAAUUUUCACUGGGGUUCUGAAUGUUAUGAUAACCUGAGUAUCUCAAAUGGGAAACAUAGCCCUGUGCUAGGAGGAGUCUUUGAAGAACACAGAAAGUAAGUUUAGAGAAGAUAGGCAAUUCAAUUUUAAUUAGGAAUAUGGGUUAUCAGAUAUAAAAGAGACAUAUCUAGAAAUCAUAGGACUCUAUGGUUAAUAUGAUCCUCUCUGUUUAGCUGAAAGCUCAGUAGGGGCUUUUGUUGCAAAAUAAUGUAAGUUCCUUGUGUGUAGGAGCCAUUUUUCAUUAUCCCCAUAGUGCAGUAUGGUAUCUUAUACUUAGUAGACCCUUAAUUAAGGGCUUAAUUUAAUUGUUUCAUGAUGUACCCCCUAAAUAUUUUUAGUUGUUAUGAAACAUAAGAUUCACACAAAAACUAUGAAAUAAUUAGGAUUAAUAAAGUCAAAGGAGAGGAAAAUGGGAAAAUAGCCAGUGUUCAUUGAUCAUUUCAUCUCAACCAACAAGAGUAUAGUAAAGGUGAGACCACCUAGGGAGCAUAGGGAAAAGUUAAAAAAAUCUUCCUAGAAAUGGAGUCAAUCUUGGAAAAAAUAUAUGAGAGCCCAGUAGAACGAAAAUACUGGAAGUUAUAAUUAGAAGAAAUAUUAGAGAUCAUUUAGUUCAAUUCAGUCAAUUUACAGAUUAAAUUACUUUUGUGCUCAUCCAAAGUAAUUAUAUAGCAUCUUCCUUGGUGCUUCUUUUUUGUUUCUUUGUUUCUUUUCUGUUUUAUUUUUUCAGUUAGCAAUCACUUAUUUUUCUCUCCCCACCAUCUCCACUCCCACAUUUGGAAGAAAAAAAAAAAAAAGAAAAUCCUUUGUCCUGUAUUCCUGAAAAAAAUAUUCCAAACUCCUUUACUUGACGUAAAAAAUAAGGAAUCUAAAGUACUCCCUGACAUUAUUAAGAAAGGAUGAAUAGGAGAAAUUUAGAAAGAUGGGAAGAUAUAUACAAACUGAUGAUGAAUUGGUCUGAAACAAAAGAACACAAUGAUUAUAACAAUGUAAAUGAAAAGAUGACACAAAAAAAAAAGAAGUCUGAAUUUAUGGACUAAUGCUCACAGAGCAAAUGAGGAAGCACAGGUUACUUCUCAUGCUGGAGGAGCAAGGGACUAUGGUUACCACAGCAGUAUGUUCUCUCUAUAUCUCUCUGUCUCUGUCUGUCUGUCUGUUUGUCUGUCUCUUUCUCUCUCAUCUAGCUAGCUAGCAAGCUACUCAGAUUCACAUGGUUUUGUUUGAUUGAUUUUCUAUGUCAGAAGAGAAGAUUCUAAUUUAGUAGGAUCUUUUAAUUUUUUUUAGAACUAACUGAUGUAACGACAAAAGGCAUCAAUAAAAAACAUUUUUUUAAAGACUGCCUGUCAGAUGCAACUGUCUGGGAGUGGUGGCAGUGUCUGUUUUAAAAUCUUCAUGGAAGGUGGGGUAUGAGUGGCAAGGAGAAGAGGUCAGGGAAAGUCUGAAAGGUCUCCUUUUCCUCAAGUCCAGAUCUAAUGUGCUCCAAUUUAGUGAAGUCUCAGGCAUUUUCAUAACUAGCUUUCCCUAAAAUAACCCUUGGCUUUUACUCUAGGAGACAUAUUUAGUUUUUUAACUUUUAUUCUGAGCUGAUCAAGAUAUAUGCAUAUAUCUUGAUUAUCCCUAAAUGGUUUGUGGUUUUUUGUUUUUAAUUUGGAGCUUCUUUUCUUCUGUGAGAGUUAAAUUAGGAGUUUUGACAAAAUAAGAGAGCAGCUUUUAAUAAUUUAAGUUUUAACGAGAAUAUAGUAGAGUUGUAAAUUAAUAUUAUCUUUUUAAUCCAGAGAAAAGAAAACUUCUAGCAGCUUUUAACAAUUAAUAAUUUCAUUUAAUUAAAAUAGAGAUAGUAAAAGAAUAUAGUAAAAUGAAUAUAGUAAAGUAGAGAAAUAUAGGAAAGAGGUAGAGAAAGAAAAUUUCCUAAAGCCUAUGUUAGUUAUCCUAUAACUAUGUAUAAUUACUACCUAAUACUGCCUAUAUCUACCUAUAAUAAUAACCACCCCACAAAGUUCCAACCCAAUCAAAACCAAUCCAAUCAGCGCUUAAUCAAACCCAAUUAGGUCUGUCAUCAAAGACCAGUCACCUCCCAAACCAGAAAAGGUCAAAAAGCCCUCUAAAGGUUAAAGCCAAAAAGCCCUCUCAGUAAACUUGGACCCACCUUUAUAUUCCAGCAACUAAAUGUCAACCACCAACCCAACACACUCCCAGCAGCCAACUUCCCCACCACUGCCAGCCCUAACUGUCAGCAUUGUCGUUUCUAUUUCCUGUUACUGUGGGUUGGUUAAUCCCUAUACAUCUCUAUGGUAACAAGACCUCCAGGUCCCCUGUUAAAUUAAAAAAAUAAUAAUAAAGAAUUCUUUUUUUAUACCUCCAUUCAUUUAUUCAUCAAUUUCAUAAAAAAAAAUACAGUUGGACACACUGUACAAUGACUCUGACAUUGUGAUGCUAUUUUGGUCCUCUUCAAUUAUAAAGAACUAUUAAUAGCCAACCAACCAACCUGAGUGUUAGAAUGUGCAUUGCAUUCUAAAGGACACAAAAAUCAUUGCUGGCAAUGCAAUGUAGCAGAUACUAGAAUUAAAGAAUAAUUUAGUUAAUGGAAACAAACUAUCAUAAUGGAAACAAACAUACCACAAUUAUUACAGUUGGCAAUAUCCACAAUAUUUAUCCAGUGUGCCUUCUGAACUUUCUUGAUCAGAAUGGAACUUUUGUUGGAUACUCUUCCCAGUAUAUUUACUAAGGAGCUUUUCAGCAUGAGAAUUUCCCUGGCUUGCUCUUGGAGAUAUGGUGAUAGUCCAACUCUGAAUUAAUCCCAAUGUGUAUUUUGCACAUCUAAUUUUUUUUUCAAAAAUGAAUGAAAAUUAGAAAAGAAACCAUUGGUUCAAUUAUUAAUAUAAAUUCAAAUCAUCCAUGUCAAAAGGAUUGGAGGAAAAAAUAAUAUAACCAUUUGAAUGUUAAUAUAAUCAAUUGUAUUAAACAUGGUGAAUCUUUGAUUUUCAUCUUACAUUUUAUUUAUAGCAUCUACUCCACUUAAGCAAUUAUUAUGUUGAUUUCUCAGAUGUUCAUUAUUAACAACUAGUACCUAUCCUGAGUAAUUAUAAAUUGGCUAAGAUCUCAGUUAUAUAUAUUUACUGAACUGAAAAGUAUUUUGAAAUCUAGACCCAUAUCUACUGUUCUGGGAAGUUUUGAGAGGAAACAAAAUUUUAUUAGUCCUAACCUAAAUAGUGUACUUGCAACAUGGAAUGGGUUAUAAAGGGGAGUUGAUUUAGCUCAGAAAAAUUCAAUGGUUUCCCAGUUAAUUAAUGAGAAUUUAAUAAGUAUUUACUGUUUUCCAGACUCAGUGCUAAGUGAUAAGCUCCCAAAGCAAACAAAUAAAACAAAAUAAACAAGAAAAUAAACAAACAAAAAAUGCUGGGAGCCAUCAGGCCAUGACACCACGACAAAGUCACUUGUGGUAGCUAAGGAAUCCACAGAGUGGCCCUUGGCAAGAUGUGACUUCCCACUCAACCCCCCUUCCAUAACCUCUCUCAUUAACAUCCCUUUCCUAUGGAAUUGACAUGAUUACUAUUCUCCCUAACCUAGGAAUAAUACAAGAGCAAAAUACCUGUACUUUAUUUCUCCAAAACAUCACCAAAAGAUCAGACCCUCAAACCCAAUCUCAAAAGACUACCAUGGAUUAACUUUUACUUAGUUACAUAAUUCCCAGUAAAACCAUAGCUACAAGCCAAGCCCAGAACUUUCCCACUCACAGAAAUUUAUUCUCAUGAAGCCAGAAUACAAAUCAAUCAUAAAAGCCCAUACAAAAUGUACAGGUACACCAAGUUUCAUCAUGCCUCAGUGACUUGAUUUUUCCCCUUGAGAAACUCCCUAGUAAACCCUGGAAAAUGAUCAGUAAUAUUAAAUCUGAAUUGUGUUCCUAGUACCUCUCAACCUCAAUGAUAUGAUUGUUGAAUUGUCUUUAAGAACUUCUGAUUGAUUAUUUAUUUUUAUUAAAAGUAAUAAGUAAAUUUCCUUGAUUAUUUAUAAGCUCAAAACUCCUCACAGGGUAAUGAGAAAAUUAAACCACCUGUGAUGAAAUCUUUUAUCUUGUGUGAAACCUUUAUUCUGUCAAGAAACUGUAAUCACAAUAUAAGAAUAUGGAAUUUUAAUCAAGUGAUUUCUUCAAAGUUAAUGUAUCAUUUUUCCAAUUAUCUCUAUUUAGACAUGUGUGGUAGAUAAUGUAUCUGUGUGCCCAAAAAAUGGGUAUAAAAAUAAACAUCAGGCCUGGGGAUAGCGGAGCAGCUAUCAGGUGCAAAGCAUGCCCAUGGUCUUAAAAUAUA